GGGUCGGAGGCCAAGCUCAGGCCCAGGCCAGGCUGGGCGGGAAGAUGGCUGGUGGGGGCAGCGAGCUCAGCAGCAGGAUAUCCACAGAAAAUCAGAACACAGACGACAGGCUUAUCUUUGAGACUGUAUUCAGGCACUUCAAAAGACAUAAAGUGGAGAUUUCAACUGCAAUAAAAAAGACAUUUCCUUUCCUUGAGGUUCUUCGUGACCGUGAACUCAUCACCAAUAGAAUGUAUGAAGACUGUCAAGAUUCUUGUAGAAACCUGGUCCCUGUAUCGAGAGUGGUUUACAAUGUUCUCAAUGAGCUGGAGAAGACAUUUGACUUGUCGCUUCUGGAAGCUGUGUUCAGUGAGGUCAACCGGCAGGAAUAUCCUGAUUUAAAUCACGUUUAUGAAAGCUUCGUAAAGGCAAUCCAGGAGAAAAUUAAUCAUGAAGAAAGCAGUGGAGAAGAGAGGGGGGAGAGACCUACGCUCCCACUAAGCCUUGAGCAAGGCAGCGACCUCAGUGCUUUGAUGUCAUGUGCAGCAGUGGUCAGUGCUGCAGCCACAGUGGCGGGGGAGCAGGUGAUGAGCGUUCCUCAGGGGACAAG